GGAAGGGAAAGGGGGGGGAAGGGCCUAAGCAGGCGCCUCACGAGCUACGUCGAGGCUUCUUCGGCACCAGCGGGUGAUGGAGAAGGAAUCCUAUGGUCUGGCAACUGGAUUGGUUUACUCAGAUAUGGAUAGAAAUCCAUCACCACCUACCAGUGAUUCGGAAGAGGAAGCAGUGGCUGCUGGAGAUUCUAUUGGAAAUACAGUCUAUAGCAAGCUUUGGCUAUUCAAUGUCCUUAAAAAACUAAUUGAACUUGUUAGCCCAAAGAAAGAUGAUUCUGAGUUGAACAACGUGGAAGAAGAGUUAGAGUUAGACGAAGAUAUGGAGAAUGACAUUUGCAAAGUGUGGGACAUGUCGAUGAAUAAGGACAUCGCUUUAUUUCUACAAGCGUUCAAUGCCCCGGGUAUAUUUAUGGGUAUAUUUGCCAAGUCUAAUUGUCCUCGACUUACUGAAAUUUGUGUUGGAAUUCUGGGUAAUAUGGCAUGUUGCCAAGACAUAUGCAUGGACAUUAGCAAAGAUGAGAGACUUGGACAGAUGGUGCUGCAACGAUUAUGUGAUUCUGAUUCCCCUACACUGCUUGAAACAAGCAGGUUGUUGCUGACUUGUCUCUGUCAACCUGAAGUGGCCAAUAUUUGGUUGGAGAGAAUCAGAGGAAGUCCAUCAGUGUACGACUGCAUCUGUUUUAUCAUGUCUAGUUCAACCAAUGUGGAGUUGCUGGUGAAAGUGGGCGAGGUGGUUGAUAAGUUGUUUGACCUGGAUGAAGAAUUAAUGCUAAAAUGGAUGAAAAAGGGUUCUCAGUGGUCAGUGCCACAGCCUUCCGAUGAUUCUCCAGAUAAUCUUCCCGAUUUUAAGAUUGUACCUUGUCUUCUUGAAGCUGCAAAACAAGUCUGUUCAGAUAACAGUUCCGAAGGGCUUGACGUUUACAUGCAUAUCUUGCAGCUUCUCACCACUGUGGACGAAGGCAUUCAAACAAUUGUACGGUCUCCUGAAAAUGGGAAAGAAACGUGGAGUCUGCUGUAUAACCUCUUUUGUAAUGAACUCUGCCAGCCAGAUGAUCCGCCAAUUAUUGUUCAAGAACAGAAGACUGUUUUGGCUUCUGUUUUGUCCGUCCUGUCAGCUAUCUUUACUUCACAGACAGAACAGGAAUUUGUCAAGACAGAAAAAAAUAUGCCUCUGCUUGAUAGCUUGAUUAGAGUCUUACAAAACAUGGAUGAAUGUGCAAGGAGAUCUGAAGACAGCUCCAGUACAUCCAAGUCGGAAGAGAAUGAGAAGUUGGAAAUAGCCGAGGAAGAUUUCCAUUUAAAAAUCUUGAAGGACAUCUCAUGUGAGCUGCUCUCCAAUAUGAUCCAGGAGUUGUCAAAGGAAAACAUACUGGAGGGGCUCAAGCAAGGUCAUUUGAAUGAACAGAAAUGUUCCUGUGCAGUUCAAAACCUCCUUCCUGUGUAUUUCUCUUCGGUGCAGAAUUUUUUUGAAGUGUUAUGUGAAGCUGAUCAGGCCCUUGCUGACAGCUUAAGGAGACGCUUUCCAAGCUUGAAAGUCCAGACAUAGGAGCCUGUUAAUGAUGUUGGCAGUGAUGGGGAAUGUUACAGAUAUGUGACAGUAGCUUGAAGAUGUGCAAAUGGGUACUGGAGUAUUUGAUAGAGCUGCUCUGAACUUUUGCUACAGGAAAAGACUUUCCAGGUGCCUGAAGAUGCACCGCCACCACAGCAUACUCUCUUCUCUGACAUGUGCGCUUGCAUUUUUUUAAAAGUAAACCCACCAAUGUUUUGGCUUCUGGUGACUCCAUGUACCUAACCCAAUUAAUGUGGAUCGCAUGAAGAUAGCUUGGUAUCAUACAUCCAAUCAGACAUGAAUAUGUAGUAAUGAUAUGGGCAAAUGAACUUAUUUCAUUGAUCUUAUACUGAGUGGAAGAGGGAAGAGAACAUAUUUUAGUCCAUUGCCAAAGCAAACAGUAUGAUGCUCUCUGCCUGCUAUGUAGAUUCUGAAGGCCGACAGAACAUGGCAAACCAGGCACUCCAUUCUAAGGACAAAUGUUCCAUACAUGUGGUCCACCAAUCACUGGGUCAAGUGACUGGUGAUCACGUACUGCUAAAACUGACCAUCCAUGUACAGAUGCUGUUUGUCUCCUACAUUGCUUUAAAUGGACAAUAUUGCUUUACAUUAGUGGAUUCAAAUGACAAGAAAGGAGAUUUCAUCUGAACACGUAUUUCCUGAUGCUGAAAGCUGUUGGACAAUAGAAUGGAUCUGAAGGAGGCAGAAGCUCUUCUUCAUUGGAAAAUAGAUGACCAGCCAGCCAGCCUCCUGCUUCUUCAGGAGGUUGGACUUCAUGACCCUUAGGUCCUUUCUAAUUCUACAGUUCUGGGAUUCUGUAAUACGUUGCUGGUGCUUGAAUACUUACCAUGAAAUUGCAGCCUGAAAUAAUGAUGCACCUCCAUGUUCAGCUUGUUGCAGUUGACUGGGAAAAAAAUGAACUUGCAGCAUUUAGUGAGAACAUCAUCGCUUCAAACUUGUAACUUAUAAAGUGCGCAAUCUGGGGAAUACAAAUGGACCACAUUUAAUGCACCACAUUUCUUUGUAUGUGUUGAAUAUUAUGUCUUUGUUUGUUUACCUUAGAGAUGCUCUUGAGGAUUUCAUGCUACAUUUUCAGUCUGUAGUGACAUAAAAACAAUGAGACUACAUGAAAAUUAGGAGAAAAGGUUGCUUUCAUUACCUGAGGUCAGAAUCACUUCCUCAUGACAUAGUGCAGUUUCUCAUAUAACUCUGAUGUACCACAGAAACUGCAAGAAGAUUAGGAGAAAAAGAAAACCUUUGGAUCAUGGGUUACAACUCUGCAUAAUGGUCAUGUCAGAUAGAAUUUUCACUGGUUCUGAGCUGACAUGGUAUGGACUAAAUAAAUCUGACAUGGUAUAAUUUUUUUCCCCGAUGAUGCUGGUUUUUUGAGAAGUGGAGGCCCCUUAGGGAAACCGAGCCCUAUUGCUCAUAUGAGGGCAGUACCAUUUGUCUGCAUAAAAAUCAUCCAAACCGAUUUCUGAUUGUGAUUGAAAAGGUUUAUAUUUGUAGAUCACAAAUCCUCAUGAAUCUAACAUGCGCCAGUAGGUAGGUGGGUGAAGCCAGAUUUUCAAGAAGUUAUCUGAAGAGUCUCAUUUUGGGCUGGAAUACAUUAAGAUAGCUCAGUGGUUUAGUUAUCCGGCUGCAGAGUCAGACAUUGUUAGUUCGAUUCCCCACUUGUGCCUCCUUGACAGGGGCUGGACUUGAUGAUCCACAGGGUCCCUUCCAGCUCUGCAGUUCUAACAUGAUGAUGAUUAUGGCCUCAGGGACAUUUCACUAUCUUAUAGCCUGUUUGUGUAAUAGGAAUAUUUUGGAUCUCCCUUGCAUGAUUCUUGUGAGGCAAGUAGUUAAUAAACAGUUUAAACAUUUUCUGAAUAUGGCCAUAAGAAGAUUACUCAUAGUGUAACAUAAAGCAAAUUUUAAAAUGUUCAAGUCUAUUGCUUUAAAAAUGACAGCUGGUAAUUCAAAUAACAUGUAAUGAAAAUGGAGUUAUAAUUGUAAAACAAAUACAUUCUCCAACAUUU